UCAGAUGUGCAUUAAACAAUUAAUUUUUUUCUUCGCAACAAAUCAAAGAUUGGAAAAUGAUUAUUCAAAGAAUCUCACGUGAAAUAAAAAUUUUCUUUUGUUUUUGGACUCUUAUCAUAUUGGCGCCCUUUUUGACGGUUAGCCUUUUUUUGAGUUCAUUAUGGAAUCGCUUUUGGAUUCGACUUUUGGCGAACCGCUACAUAAACCUGGAGUUUUCCCGCAGAGACACAAUCAGAUCUUUGAUGGAUACAUUCAGGAAUCAAGGAAUAUUCAAUUUCGUUGUCAAAGUUCAAGGUGAAAUACGCGGCGAUGCAAUACAAAUAAAAUUUUUGGAAAACGUGAUUGAAAAAAGGGACAAACAAGGCAACUUGUGUUAUCCAAAGUUGAAGCUAAAAUUGACAACUUGUUGGGGCAACUAUGCUUGGAUCAAAGAUUCAGAAUUUAACAUUGACGAUCAUUUAUUUUUCGUUUCUCCAUCAUUUCGCGGACGAAUGAUAUCAGAAACAAAUAUUCAGGAGUAUAUAAGCAACAUUGUGUCAAAGUACUUACCAUCCGAUGUUCCACAGUGGCAAAUGUUCGUUAUUCCAACAACUUCUACAGUGAAUCUCAAUGUUGCAUCAACGUCUUCUGCCUCCGAGUCUUCUUAUUACAUCCUAUUUCGAAUCCAUCACUUGCUACUGGACGAAGAGAAUUUGUGUAUAAAGGACUUGUUGUGUUUAAAAAAUGUAGAAAAAACUCAAGCAAUUUCUCAUUCAAUGGAAAUUGAAGAAAGCUUGUCUCGUAACUAUUUAUUGGACUUGAUAGAGCCUCCAAUACACAUUCCUCGAUUGUACAAUACUAUAACUUCCAGCAUAGUGAAUCGUUGGAACGAAUUUUGUUACUAUUUUGAUCCUGCCAUCGAAAAUCCAUCGAAAAAUUCGAACGAAAGUCUUCUGCAAUUGAUUGCUGUUCUUUUAAUCAUUUCUGUGACAGUAAUUCAAAAGUUUUACAAAGGAUUUCAUGCAGUUCAGGAUAAUUUACUGAUUCGCACACGAUUUUUUCAAACUGUACUUGCGGAGGAAUGCAAAAAACGUGAUUUGUCGUGGGAGACGGUGAGUAAGGUGGUGUCACCAGUUCAUGCGAUUCGUGAUAUUUUUCAUUUCUGGGCAUGGUUGGGGUUGACUUUUGCCCUGACCUUUCCGUACAAAUGUUUGCUUGAAACGAUUGCCGUAACGCAGUUCAUUCUCAAUGGGAAACCAACAAAACGCAGUACAUUUUAUAAAGUUUUCUACGAUUACGUGCCACUUUUAUGGGGCGCAACGAAAGAAGCUUUUACAAUUUUCUACACCAUUUAUUCCGGACCAAUGUUGAUUUACCAAGAGCUUUUUGGAAGAAACAAAUUUUGUGACACUCAUUCUUUGCAAAAGGUCUCACUUUGUGGUCGCAAAGUCAUAUCGUGGUCAGACAAAAUUGACCUCAAUGUCAUUAAAGCGAAAGAGAAAAGCUCACCUACGAAUGAGACGGAAAUUGUGCUUGCUGCCAUCGCUAAUUCAUUGCAUGACUUUUUGGGAAAGACUGACAAGCGAAACGCACCACCACAACAGUUUGACAUAGGUUUCACGGGAAUUGAAGAUCAUCAUCUUAUUGGGUCGCAUCCUUUGAAUUCAGAUAAAAAUGGAAUAAUUUGCUUGUCGAUACCGUUAAACUCCCAAUAUCAAAUGAGAAGAAUUCGGAACAUAAUUAGUAAAAUCCGUGAGACACAACUUCCGAAUUACGUUCUUAGCAAGUACAAUCGGCAGUUUCACAUCUUUACAAAUUCCAUUCCGAAGGUUUGGAUGAGAAUUCUUAUCAACUAUUUGUCUCGAAAGUAUCCAGUUAUUGUAACGCAAGUUGUAGAUUCUGCUGAGACUCGGGAAGAACGGCAAAAAGAUUUGAUGACAUUGUGGGGAGAUCCUGUGCAAGACUUAUUAUACUUUCCCCCACCACAAUCAAAUGUUUGUAUAUCACUAAUUCUCCAAAGAUUUAAAGGGAGCCACAUUCGCUUAGGAGUAAUUGCAGAUGCUCAACUUAGUUCCAAUCAAGGAGUGAUUUCAAAAGGAUUCAAGAGACAUUUGGACACACUAAUAUCCGAAAUAAAAUAAUUUUUUUUUUAUUUU